AUGUAUCUCACGAAAUGUGAGUCGUGUGAGAUCUGCCACUUGGCCACCUUCCUCGUCGCCGUCGCGCUGCUGGCGGAGCGCCUCUCCCCCUCCCACUGGCCCGUCAGGAUGAAGCUCCUCGGCGCAGCGGUGGACGUCGCCGAGGUGUUCCUGUCCCCGUACUGGGCCACCGCGCUCACCUGCGCCGCGCGGGGAGCUUGCAGUCCGCCGGGGCCGCCACCGUGCCAUUCGCCCUGGCCGUGGCGCGGCCGCGGACCUGUGUACCCGCCCGUGUUCAACUCCCUGUCGUUUGUGGCCACCACAGCCGUCGACGCUGUCGUGCUCGUCACCGACUUCUGCCUCGAUGGCGUGCUCGGGGCGGCGCUCGUCGUCGUCGGCCUCUACGCGUUCCUCUGGGGCAAGACCAAGGAGCUCGCCGCCGCCGCCAAGGGAGACAACGGCGAGCAGGAGCUGCGGCGCGGAGACGCCGACGACCGCAUCGCGACAGCAUCGUCGAUGGAACUUGAGAUUGUCAUUUAA